UUUUCUCACACACAAAAAAACAAGCUAUACCCAUGGGAGAAGACAUUCCAUGGUUUAUUUCCAUACUGUAAAAGGAUUCAGAUGUCCUCUGUGUUUGUUCCCAGAAGAAAUUUAUCGUUUUGCUAACAGUAAAAAAGGAAGUGGUUCAGUUCUGAUCUUCUGGCCAACAGAGAGGGGAUGUACUUGUUGGACCUAGUCAAAUACAAGCUGAAGAUACAGUUUCUCACGAUGGACUACGAUACCUUGUCUGACUCGGAUGAAAAUACAACAUAACAUCUACAUAUCCUCACUUUGUGAAUGACCACGAUGGAUGAUCUAAACAUCAGCGACUUCAAUCAGAAUGCGCUCGUUUGCUAUGAAUCCAUUAACGGAUCUUGCUGGAGGAUUUCACGACCUUUGAACAUCCAGAUCUCCAUGUUCCUCUUGAUGACAAUCACCAUCCUGAUGACUGUGAUGGGAAAUAUUUUGGUUAUAAUUUCUAUAGCACACUUCAAGCAGCUCCACACACCGACCAACCAUCUAAUCCUGUCUCUGGCCAUGUGUGACUUCUUGUUGGGUAUUUUUGUGAUGCCGUUAAGCUCCAUGCGCUCUGUGUACGGAUGCUGGUAUCUCUCUGACUUUAUGUGUAAGGUGCACACAGGAAUGGACAUCAUGUUGAGCACAGCGUCUAUUUUCCAUCUGACUUGUGUGUCGGCGGAACGUUUUUGUGCUGUUUGCAGCCCGUUGACGUAUCGUUCACGCUUUCGUUCUGCCACUGUGCUGUUUCUGGUCUCAGCUAGCUGGUUUAUUUCUGCAGCGUUUGCUUAUGCAUUAGUGUUUGGAGAACUCAACCUCAAAGGCAAUGAAGAUUUCUAUGAGUCUCAUGUGCGCUGUGUUGGAGGUUGUCACGUCUUUUUUAGCCAUGGCUCAGCCGUGAUCACCUCUAUGGUCUCUUUUUUCAUCCCUGGCUUAAUUAUGUUCGCCAUCUAUUCCAGGAUUUACAUCGUUGCCAGAAGCCAAGCGAGAUCCAUCAACAUUUUGGCCAAUCAGCUCCGGAUGCACAGCCCCAAACCUGGAGCAUUCAGGUCCCGAACAAGAAAAAGCACAAUGACUCUCGCUAUUGUGGUUGGAGUUUUCCUCCUCUGCUGGACUCCAUUUUUUCUCUGCAACAUCAUCGACCCUUUUGUUAAUUAUACAAUAUCACCAUUGCUAAUCGAUGCCUUGGUCUGGUUUGGAUAUUUGAACUCUGCACUGAAUCCCUUCAUUUAUGCGUUUUUGUACCCUUGGUUUAGAAAGGCUUUGAGGAUCAUUAUCAGCGGAGAGGUUUUUCACAGGAACAGCUGCAGAUUUCAGUUGUACUCCUGAAUAAAACCUGACAGCUGGGAGAGAAAAAUAAACUCAUUUUCUGUAGUUGAUUUUCUUCUGAUACCUUAUUGUCAGAACUGAAGACUAAAAAAUUGGUUCUGGUUUUCAUUAACUUUCAGGAACCAAGGAAGCAGAAUUGUCAGAGCCGGUGGGUGAGGCCUUUAUGGUGGCAAAUAAAGACAAUAUCACAUCGUGUCUGUAAAAGAAGCAUCAAACCACUGAGCGAAACAUCUGUAUCUCCAAAAGACUGGUGUUCAGCUACAGCUUCAGAAUAUUUAAAAGUCUGACACAUGAAGCCAAACAUGUAUAUGUUCUUACAUCUAAACCAUAUCACCACUGUUACACGCUUGUAUGUUGUUGCUUCUGUAAACAACUUGUUUUAAGAAACAAAACUGAGACUGAAUGGAACAAAGGUGCCACAAACACUGUUAUCAUCCUUAUUAACUGAGAUCUCUUUUACUGGUUAGUUGAGUUUCAAUUUUUUUUUUGUGUUUGUAUAAUUUUAUUCCUUUAAAUUCCCAAAUGUUUUCGACCACUGUGUCUUGUAUAAUAUUCAGUGUAUACUUUUCCAUGUGCUGUACAGCACUGUAAAUAAAGUUAAUUUUGGCUUCAGUUCAUGAGUAAAAAUCAACCAUGUUUCAUCG